GCUUCAGGGAAUUGACAUAUUUUACGCAAUUCUACCUUUUGUCUCACGAUAACCACUGAAAACAAACACAAAAUGCCGACAGAAUUGGAAGAGCUCGUGGGCUUCAUCGCUCAUCCCAAUGCGAAUCUCAGAAAGGUUGCCAUCGAGAACCUCGUUGGCUACUCACAGGCGGACCCGUCAAUUUUCAAGACAGAGAACUUGACGCCCGUAAAGCACCUCAAGUUCCUAGUCAGAGAUCACCCUAAAAUUGCGGAACAUGCGUUGACAAUCCUCGUCAACCUCACUGCCGAGAAAGAUGUUCUUGAAAACGUGGCGACAGACCAGAAGUUUAUUGAUAUUCUGCUGGACUUGGUAGUAAAACCCGAUGAGGCAAAUGCCAACCUGAUGGCAAUGCUUCUUGCCAACUUGGCAAAGUUCGACGGUCUCAACACUAUCGUGACCAAGAAGCAAACACCACCAGCGGAGCUCAAGUCCAACGACUUGGUUCUCAACCAGCUGGUCGACCUCUUCGUCAAGGAAAAGGGUGCCUAUAACAAGGAUGCUGACUACGACUAUCUCGCCUACCUCUUUGCAGAUCUCACCAAGCACGCUGAAGUACGCCGGCACUUUGUUACUCGGCAAGACUACGACGAAGUCAUCCCCAUCACCAAGCUCAAGGUCUUUACCGAGCACCAGUCCGAGAUCCGCAGAAAAGGUGUCGCCAGCACAAUCAAGAACGUCGCAUUCGAGAUCCAGUUCCACUCCACCUUCAUGGACGAUGACGAGGUCGACAUCCUGCCGUACAUCCUCCUUCCCAUCACCGGUAACGAAGAGUACGACGAGGACGACACCGUGGACAUGCUGCCCGACCUGCAGCUCCUCCCCCCCGACAAGAAGCGCGACUCGGACCCCAAGAUCAUCCAGACGCACAUUGAGACGCUUCUGCUCUUCACCACGACGAGAGGAGGCCGCGAUUUGCUAAGGCGGGUUAGCGUGUACCCCAUCAUCCGCGAAAACCACUCCCGCGUCAACGACGAGGGCGUCAAGGAUGCCUGCGAUCGUCUGGUGCAAGUGCUGAUGAGAGAUGAGGAGCCGGAGGAGGGCGAGGGUGAGGCAGAAUCCAAGCCCAAGGAGCUUACCAACGGCUCAAAUGUCGAGGAGGUCGACGAUGACGACGAUGACGACGACGACAAUGAGAUUGUUGAGGUCUAGACGGGUAGCAUCGUGAUAAGGUUUGCAUUGUUUCUUUUGGUCAUGGCUUACGUAGAAGGGGCGGAUACCCAGGUCCAAAAAGUUGGUUAUUUUUCAUCUUGGGAAACUUCGAGCCAGGAGCGAGUGACAUGCGUGAGGAAGGCACCGAACCCAGAGGGUAUAUAAAUCAUCUCUCCGUUCGUCUUCCUAAAUUUCUUGGACAUUUGGCUCGUCUGUCUGUGCUAUCUGGAUGCAGCGC